AUGUCCUAUCGAGGAUUGAAUUUGAUUACUCGACAAGCGAUUGUUCACUCGACUUUUCGCCAUGCCAAUCUUCUUACUCGGACUACUAUUCCACUCGCCUCCCAAGAUCGCGGUUUCUUCUUUGGAAAGCGUCGAGAGCCAAGAUGUGACCUGAGAAACCAGUCAAUUGUUCAGGAAGACGGAGGAAGAAAGGCUGCUUGGCUGGGAGAUGGUCCCCUCCAACAUGGAUGGUUCGAUGGUGCCCUCACCACUUACAGUGCAAUUAGACGAGGUCCAACUGUCGGUGGAAAAGAAAUGUUGGGAACGAGAGUCAAGAAAAAUGGGAAACUAGAAUGGGAAUGGAUCACUUAUGAGCAAGCGAUUGAGACAUCUGAUCACGUGUCCCAGGCGGUCAGAAAACUGGGAAUUGAGACGGGAGAAGAGUCGAAGAUUGGAAUUUACUCGAAGAAUCGACCAGAGUGGAUUAUCUCCGAUAUGGCUGUCCACAACUUCAGUAAUGUCUCUGUCCCUCUCUAUGAUACCAUUACUAACGACGAUAUGCACUACAUUACUAACCUUUGUGAACUCAAACUCAUGUUUGUUGAUUUGGAAGAGAAAACUAAACAACUGAUUCGUGACAAAUCCUACUUGCCAACUCUCAAAUACAUUGUUCAAUUCGACAAAGUCUCGCCGGAUACUCGAGAAAUGGCUCGUGAAAAUGACUUCCAAAUCUGGAGUUUCGAGGAGUUUGUGGAGAUGGGAAAGAAAGAGAAACCACGUCAACAUAUUCCGCCGACACCUGAAACUCUUGCAACAAUCUCGUUUACUUCUGGAACAACUGGAAGGCCGAAAGGUGUCAUGUUGACUCAUUUGAACUUGUGUUCUGCGACCAUGUCAUGUGGUGAAUUCGAGCAAAAUAUGGAUGGAGGGGAUGGAUAUCUUUCGUAUCUUCCAUUGGCUCAUAUCUACGAAAGACUCUGCACACUCUCCAACUUCACUAUCGGAUCAAGGAUUGGUUUCUUCCGUGGCGACCCCACUCUUCUCCUUGAAGAUAUUCAAGCUCUCGGUCCAGUUUCAGUUGCCACUGUGCCACGUGUCAUUGACAAGAUUCAUAAAGGAGUCAUGAAACAAGUUGUGGAUAAACCAAUUAAGAGAAUGAUUCUGAAGGCUGCGAUAGCUUACAAGUUGUAUCAUUACAAAAUGACAGGAAAAGCCACCAGAAAAACAUGGGUUGACAAGUACCUCCUCCACAAAAUUCAAAUGUUGCUCGGUCCAAAUAUCAAACAAAUCAUUAUCGGAGCUGCGAAAUCAGACUUUACUUCUCUGCAAUUUAUGAGAGGAGCGUUUGGAAUUGAGGUUCUCGAAGGAUACGGUCAAACUGAAACAUCGGGACCGACGACAAUACAACUUGUUGGAGAUACACGUAUCGGAUGUGUUGGUCCACCGAUGGCAUGCUCUCUUCUGAAAUUAGUUGAUGUGCCGGAACUCGGGUAUUACGUGAACAAGAAUGGAGGAGAGAUUCUUGUGAAAGGAUACAAUGUCACUUCUGGAUACUACAAGAAUCCAGAUGCCACUACUUCAUCGUUCACUGAAGAUGGAUACUUAAAGACUGGAGAUAUCGGAAGAUUCACUCCGGAAGGAAGUCUUCAAAUCAUUGAUCGUCGUAAGAACGUUUUUAAACUUCCUCAAGGCAAAUUUGUGGCUCCGGAUCUCACGGAGACACUCUACACUUCUUCAAGAUUUGUUCAACAGAUUUAUGUACACGGAGAUCUUCAGAAGCCAUGGCUUGUCGCAGUAGUCGUGCCAGAUCCUGAACAUCUCGCUGGAUACGCCAAAACAAAACACAACAUCGAAGGGAAGACGUACGAACAGUUGUGUAACGAUCCGGUGCUAGCAGAAGACGUGCUUCGUCACUUCGUUCAGCUGACUGAAGGACACAAUAGACCGAGAUAUGAAGGAGUCUACGCCGUCCAUCUGACUCCAAUCGCCUUCACAGCUCAAAAUGGAUUGACGACUCCGACAUUGAAAAAUAAGAGAAAUUCUCUGGCUCAGUUCUUUAAAUCUGAUAUUGAGAAAAUGUAUAAGACGAUUGAGACUAGUGAACUCAAGAGUUUGGCUCAAUAA